AUGUUGGAUACACACAAUCCUCAUGUUAAAGCAUUUAGAACAGCUCGAGACAGAUUUUCCAACAGCGGCUAUAAUAAUAAUCUGCGGCUGGUACUUGCAAGUGAGAGAACUACUGAUGGAAGAACUCAUAAUCUUCCAACUGAAAAAGAUGUUGCGGCUUUGAUACCUGGAGAUUUUAGCAUGGCAUUUGAAAAAAGGGAUAUUGUGAUUGAAAGUACUACAGGAAAGCUACAACGGAUAAGUGAGUUGCAUCCAGCUUACUUGCCAUUACAAUACCCAUUGCUUUUCCCCUAUGGAGAAGAUGGUUUCAGACUAGGAAUUGAUAUUGGGUUUGUUGAUACGGCUGGAAGAAAAAGAAAAACAGUAACAAUGCGAGAGUUUUUUGCUUUUCGUAUACAAGAAAGAUAUGGUGAAUCACCUAUAAUCCUGAUGUCUGGAAGAUUAUUCCAACAGUUUUUGGUGGAUGCAUACACUAUGAUUGAGUCUAACAGACUCCGUUACAUCUUUCUUAAUCAGAAGAAUCUACGAGCAGAGUAUUAUGAUAAAAUUGCGGCAUCAGCUGAUAGAGGUGAAGACGACCUCUCAGAACAAGGUAAAAGGAUUUUUAUUCCUUCUUCUUUCACCGGAGGGAAGAGAUAUAUGAUGCAGCAUUAUUUAGAUGCUAUGGCGACGUGCAAGUACUACGGUUAUCCUGACUUCUUCAUUACAAUAACCUGUAAUCCUAAAUGGCCAGAGAUUACUAGAUAUUUACAAAAGCAUGAUUUAAAGACCGAGGAUCGUCCAGAUAUUUGUUGCAGAGUCUUUAAAAUGAAGCUUGAUAACCUUGUGGAAUAUCUAACAAAGGAUAAAGUUUUGGGUCGAGUUAAUUCAGAUUCUAAGUUACCCACAGGUGAUGAUAUAGAUAAAUUCAUAUCUGCUGAAAUUCCAGAUAGAGAUUUAGAGCCUCAUUUAUACGAGAUAGUUGGAGAUUUAAUGAUACAUGGUCCAUGUGGUGAGCCUUAUAGCACGAUAACAAAAAUUGAUGAUGCUGGAUUUCCUAUAUAUAGACGACGUUCUGAUGAGAGGUUUAUCAAGAAAAAAGAUUUUGACUGUGACAACAGAUAUGUAGUUCCUUAUAACGCUACUCUCUUGAAACGUUAUCGUGCUCACAUUAACAUUGAAUGGUGCAACCAAACGAGAUCAAUCAAGUAUCUUUUUAAGUACAUUACAAAGGGUCCAGAUUAUGUUAGAGCUUCGGUCCAAGGGGAUGAUACAGAUGAUACUAUCGACGAUGAGAUACAGAAGUUCCUUAGUUGCAGGUAUAUUUCAGCGUGUGAAGCAACUUGGAGAAUACUAGCUUUUCCAACGCAUUUCCGAACAACCACAGUAGUUAAGCUUUCCUUCCAUUUACCUAAUCAGCAAAUGGCAAUUUAUAAUGAAGAUGACCCUAUUGAUGAUGUUUUAAAUCGUUCGGCGGUAUUGCGGUCAAAGUUUCUAGCAUGGAUGGAGGCGAACUGUAAAUAUCCGGAAGCAAGAGGUCUAACGUAUGCGGAAUUCCCCACAAGGUUUGUUUGGGUACAAAAGACGAGAGAGUGGAAGCCACGUGACAAAGGUUUUGCAAUAGGAAGGAUUACAUAUGUUCCACCUAAAUAUGUUAACUCAUACUAUCUAAGAGUUUUGCUCAACAUAGUUAAAGGCCCAAGGAGUUAUGAAGAGAUACGUACAGUCAAAGGUAUUGUUUAUAAGACGUAUAAGGAUGCAUGUUAUGCAUUGGGAUUAUUGGAUGAUGAUAAAGAGUAUAUCGAAGCAAUUAACGAAGCCAGUUUCUGGGGAACAGGGAACUUUUUAAGAAAGCUAUUUGCUAUAAUGUUAUUUUCUAAUAGUAUGGCUAUGCCUGUUAAAGUUUGGAACGCAACAUGGAGAAUCUUGACAGAAGAUAUAUUAUACAAAUUAAGAAAGGAAAAUAAUAACCAAAGAAAAACAUUUUUAUGGAGGGUUUUAGGCUCUGCUCUUCGAUCAAGAGGGAAAAUAGUCUUAAAUGUUGCAUCAAGUGGUAUAGCUGCUCUUUUGUUGCAAGGGGGAAGAACAGCUCACUCUAGGUUUGGGAUUCCUAUUGCCGUCAAUGAGUUUUCAACAUGCUCGAUAAGUGCGGGUUCACAUCAAGCAGAUUUGAUUAAAGAGGCUGAACUCAUUAUAUGGGACGAAGCUCCAAUGAUGAGUAAACACUGCUUUGAAACUUUAGAUAGAACUAUGAGAGAUAUACUCAAAUGUGACAAGGUUUUUGGUGGUAAGGUAAUCGUCUUUGGUGGAGAUUUUCGGCAGAUCUUACCAGUCAUAGUUGGAGGCAAUAGAGUGGAAACUGUGUUGUCAGCUUUGAACUCAUCAUAUCUGUGGUCAAGUUGCAAAGUUAGGGAACUCACAAAGAAUAUGCGCCUUCUAGGCGGAGAUAAUAAUGAACUUGCAAUGUUUUCAAAUUGGAUACUGGAUAUAGGAGAUGGGAAGAUUAAUGAGCCUAAUAAUGGUGAGAUAGAGAUUGAUAUUCCUGAAGAUCUAUUAGUAUCAGAAUGCGAAGAUCCCAUACGGGAGAUUGUGAAAGAGAGUAACAUCGAGGAUAGGAUUGAAGAUCUUGAUAACUGA